AUGACUUUGUGUUUGGUGCCUGUUGCAACAGAUAUUAGCUUCUACGGAACUGCGCGGAAAGAACUCACCAUUUUUGGGUGCUGUCUGGUGGAACACGCAGCUGCAAGCACUGCAGCUGCGCCAAUGCUUCAAAAAACUUUUCUCAUCUUUGUCAGCGACAUUCUGGACCACACUGCCUGCAGAUCGGUGACUCUCCUGGACAAGGCCAUUGCCUCCCGUUCUUCUACCAGAGAGCUGGAAGGCAUAGACCUUAUUAGUGACUGCGCCGGUCAUUUCAGAAGUUAUGAAACAAUGCACUGGGCGUUGGCGCGGCAGCUAAAAGAACGACAGAUUGAUGUGGCUUGGCACCUUGGGGUGGAAACACAUUUGAAACAUGAUUGCGACAGGCUGUUCGGAUGGUGGCGACAAGGACUGCGGUGUGUUUUGUUAAAUCAAAUGAGCAUCAUAGAGAGGUGGCUGAAUUGCAGCGCGUCAUGCAGCGACACUUUAAUGCCGCUCGGGAGCGUGACAAGACAUCUCCCUGUGUCAAAGUUUUGGUGGACAAUCCAGUGCCAGAGAAAGUUUUCAAACUUGAGUGCCCGCCAGAUUUCAGAAUCAGCAGAACUUAUUGUGUUUCGGCCAGGCCUAACAAAUACAGUGCCUGGGGUGUAUCAAUUUUCAACCACAUCUAUUCCAGUCGCCCCACAUGAACGCGAGUGCAUGUGGUUUCAGUUGCUGAGACUCCGGGGCCAAAAGCUUGGCGCAGAGGUUAUUAUGGCCAAGGUGCCGAGCAAUGGCGUACUGAUCCUGAACCCCUGCAAGUUGGACAGGACAGCCACCUGUCAAAGCGCAUGGAUGCUCAAAGUGUUCAUUUGCCAAAUCACCGGUCUCGAGUUCACGGCAGAUACGAUUUCCAAAAGGCCAUGGCAUCAGUGA